AUGCAUCAACUAAUUCUUGUUGCUCUUUUCGUUUCCACCGCUUCCUCUCUUCCAUUCAUCGGAUCCGUUCAAUCGGUUCGAGUCACUGGAAAAGUCACCUGCAAUGGAUCUCCAGCUGAGAACAUCAAAGUGAAGUUGUAUGAGAAAGAGAUCCUUCUCGACAAACUUCUCGAUGAGCGAUCCACUGAUGUUAAGGGAUCUUUCAGUCUUGCCGGAAACAAGAAGGAAUUGACUGCUAUUGACCCACAUGUUAACAUCUACCACAAGUGCAACUACAAGGGGGUCUGCUACAAGAAGCUGAAAAUCAAGAUUCCAAAGAGCUUCAUCAGCGAAGGAGAAACCGCCGAGAGAACAUUCGACAUUGGAGAGCUCAACUUGGCUGGAUCCUUCUCCGGAGAGUCCACCGAUUGCCUCAACUAA